CUCGUACAGUUCGCGGAUCAAGAAAACCCUGUUUAAUAUGGAGUAUUAUUUAGUGAAGGGUUUGAACAGGUUUGGAAAUGAUCUUGGCACCGCCAUGGACUUUCAAGAACCUCUAAUUUCUUCUCAAGAUUAUGGAUAUAAGUUAUCAAGACGGCUACUAUGCAAUGCUGGGGCGAAGCUAAAGCCCUAACGAAUAUGACGCCGUCACUCGAUUCGCUCAAAUCGGUAAUUUUCCAUCGCAAACCCACAAAACAGCAUUAUCGAAGUCAUAUACCAGGCUCAAUGCCUUGCAGACUCGUAUUAGUCAGAGGAGAGAUGAUGCCAGUAGGGUUGGGAAAGAGAUUUCUGCCGAACGGUCUGAUUAAAUGGAGCCAACUCAUCCUGCAGGACAGGAUUCUGCGAAUCCAUCAGCAACACCUUAUGCAGGUCAAUCAAAAUGGAAUUCUGCGAAAAUUUAAAUGACAUGAAGUACAUGAUUCUGGGAAAGGAAAGGGGUGCUGAAGAGAUGCUGCAUCUCUGCAUAUACAAUCACAUGAAGAGAAGUGGUUUGCAUGAAGUUGCCGAGACAUUUGCUAAGGAAGCAAAUAUUGAGAUGGCAGAUUUGGUUCACGAUGAAAGGAUGCUAACUGAUUGGUGGGGCAUAUUCUGGCCGCAGUUUGGCUCCAGAAUGGCAAUGCAACCUGGUGAGAAUCCAGAAUCAUCUGCACAGCCUUCAGUGAAAGAAGCUCUUGAGAUCCUAUCUUCAUUAAAUAGAACAAAUGUUGGUAUAGCCAGAGCACCACCAAAUGGAAAUCCAUCGCAGCAUGUGAAUAAUGUUAUGGGACAGUCACCAGAGGGUUGGUUCCAGACUCCUCCAGAAGAUAGCCAGCGGAGAGCCGGUAAGCAUCCUAUGAAUACUGACACUACCAGUAUUCUAGGACGUUCGGCUGCAGGAGAGAUGGGAAUGGGGGCUCUCAUGUUUCCUCCUGUGCACUUCCUUCCUACUGAAAUGACAUCAGGGCUACAUAUCAACAAAUAUAGCCACCUACAUAUGCCUGGUACUAUUCAGCCUCCUCUGCCGCAAGGUUUUGAGGCUUUUCGGUCAAUUCAACUCGAGCCAACUUACCCUGCAGGACAGGAUUGGGCAUAUCUGCCCGCAGCAACUAUUGCGGGAUAUUCUGAUUCUUGUCAUGCAAUCUCAGGUUGCAUGAAUACUGGCACUACCAGUAUUCUAGGCCACUCGGCUGCAAGAGAGAAGGGAAAGGGGAUUCUCAGGUAUACUCCUGUACAAUUGCUUCCUGCUGAAAUGACACCAGGGCUACAUAUCAACAAAUCCAGCCACCUACACAUGCCUGGUACUAUUCAGCCUCCUCCGCCGCAAGGUUUUGGGGAUUUUCGGUCCGUUCAACUCGAGCCAACUUACCCUGCAGGACAGGAUUGGGCAUAUCUGCCCGCAGCAACUAUUGCAGGAUAUUCUGAUUCUUGUCAUGCAAUCUCAGGUUGCAUGAAUACUGGCACUACCAGUAUUCUAGGCCACUCGGCUGCAAGAGAGAAGGGAAAGGGGAUUCUCAGGUAUACUCCUGUACAAUUUCUUCCUGCUGAAAUGACACCAGGGCUACAUAUCAACAAAUCCAGCCACCUACAUAUGCCUGGUACUCCUCAGCUUCCUCCUCCACAAGGUUUUGGGGCUAUUUGGUCCGUUCAACACGAGCCAAGUUACCAUGCAGGACAGGAUUCAGCAUAUAUACCCGCAGCAACUAUUACUGGUGAAAACAAUUGGGAGAACCAAGGGUCACUGACAGGAGUUGGAGUAAAUGCAUCAGAUGGACCCCACCCUGACUCAUUUAUAAGUCAUGUACCAGCGGCUGUUCCUGAGUUGAUGCUCCAGGAAGCGGAAGAGCGACAAAGGCCUUCAAAACGGCAACGGCGUCCAAAACCGUCUCGUGGAAAGCCUUAGAGUGCAAUUAUGAAUUUAUCAGAAUUAUCGUUUGUUUUAUCAACUUUGUUUUCAUUUCUUUGAUAAAUUUUUCAUAAUACUCUUUUGAUGAACUCAUAUCCACGCUGUUUUGGUGGAAACGAUUUAUUGGGAUGUGCAUAUCCCUGUUUGCAACAAUAUUCUUUUUCCUAAUUUUGCAACUUGACAUUUGGGGUUGUGUUCUCACAUCGCCAGAUCACAGGGUUUGAUCUUCCGCCUCAUAUCUUCUUUUAUUUUGUUAUUUUUUUUAAUAUUUUUUUUUUUGGGAGGGGGACGGUGAAGAGCUGUAACAGGUAAGACCGACAAUUCAUAUAUUAGCAUGGAACAAUAUUUCUACU